AUGACGAACAUUAAUCAACCGAGAGAGCGCAUAAAUUUUUUUGUAACUCAUGUACGCACCAAUGGUCCGUGGUUACAAAUAUGUGGACAAAUGGAUCGCAACAAUGCACGUGAAGUGGAAAGGUUGAUAUCGAUUCUUAAAGAUGGUUUUGAUCGAGGAAUCGGUAAAACUACUACACAAAAUAUCCAUUCCAACAUAUGCUGUGCUUAUCAUGAAGACAAUUAUUACCGUGCAAAAAUAAUUAAAGUUGAAUCCGAUGUAAAAAUUUACGUCGAAUUUAUCGAUUAUGGUAACAGUGAAUACGUUCACAUAUCGCAAAUACGAUUACUUGAAACAACAAAUGAAGGUUUGAAACUACAAUCUAUUCCGUCAUUAAUGAUCGAAUUUCCCUUAACGACAGUUAUGCCUAUUAAUAAUAUGUGGAGUCGGGCUAUUAUUGACGUUAUUAAUAAUUUGUUGAGAUAUCAUGAGUUUCCGGUUGAAAUAUUUGAUUAUGGUAAUCAACAAAAAUUUACAUUAUAUUACAAUGGACGAGAUUUUGCUGAGUAUUUGGUAACUAAUCAAAUGGCUUUGAUGACGCCGACAGCUCAUGAGAUCAGGCCUACCAAGGACAUACAAAUGAUUAGACAGCAGCACCAACUUCAGCAACAGCAGCAGCAGCAACAACAACAACAACAACAACAACAUCAACAAUCACAAUAUCAUUCACCACAACUUCAGCAACCCCAACUUCAACCACCACAGCUUCAGCAACCCCAACUUCAACCACCAUCAUUUCAUCCAGCAAAUCCGAUGUAUCGGCCAGGACCAGCACCUACACCAGUGCUUUGUGAACCUCAUGGAGUGAAUAUGACUAUCAACGAUAAUUUUCAAAUGAAAUUACGACAGCCAAGGUCAAUUCCAUCUAACAAACCUCUUCAAGAAAAUUGGCGACGACCUUAUCCAUCUACUGUUCAACAAAUGAGACCACCAACAUCAAUUUCACCUCGCUCACAAGAUUCAGCUGCCUUCAAAUCACGUAAUUUAGAACGUGAUACAAGACAUCAAGUGCUUGUAUCAGAUGUCGAAGAUGGUCCCCUUAAAUUUAAUGUCCAACUACAGAGUUGUGCUCAAGAACUUGAUACUUUGUCGAGAAAUAUAAAUAGUAUUCCGCUGAAACCGCUGUCAGAACCACCAAUUCACGGUGCUGCGUGUCUUGCACUCAAUUCCAAGACCAACCGAAUACGUCGUGCUGUUGUUUCGACUGUUAUCAACACAUAUAAAGUUAAGGUAUGGUACUGUGAUUAUGGCGACCAAGAAAUCUUACCACAUUCUAGUAUUUAUGAAAUACCACCAAAUUACUCGAAUCCACAAGCGUUGUCGGUAAUAUUUACUUUGAGUGGCGUACGUGAAUUAAAUGUUACACCAGAAAUGAAACAAUAUUUCAAGGAUUUGGUACUCGGCAAGACUUUAACAUUAGUCGUGAUGCCACGUGAAGAUUCGCCACUGAUGCACUACGGAAAUUUAUUUAUUGAUGACAAGAAUGUUUUGGAAAUGAUACUAGAAGCUUUUCCAGACUCUACAAUAAAGUUUCUUGAAGCUCCUUAUUUGACAUCUGGCACACGCGAAAAUGUUCAGGUGUCUUACGUCGAUUCCUGUAGUAAAUUUUUUGUACAAUUGAAUAAAAAUGUAUUGGAUAUGGAAUCUUUAGCAAAUACUUUGACAGAAUGUGUUAAAAUAGCACCGCCGAUUAAAGCAGCGAACAUAAAAGUGGGAUUAAAAUGUCUAGCUCAUAGUAGCGCUGAUUCUGAAUGGUACCGAGCGGAAGUUAUAAAAGUUGUUGAUAAUUACGUUACAGUCCAUUACGUUGAUUAUGGCAAUGAUGAAACGAUUCCAUGUAAUGCUAUUCGUUCAAUUCGCAGUGAAGAACUCACGAAGAUACCAAUUCAAGCCUUACAGUGUAUCCUUAAUGGCUUCGAGUUCGUACCCUACAAUCCAGAAGUUGAUGAUAAAUUUGAGGCCUACGUCUUGGAUAAACCUCUGGUGAUGGCUGUCUUGGAUGUUAAACCUUCAGGAUUUAUAGUCGAUCUUUAUGACUCCAACGUUAAACCGAUUGCAAAUAUAUCGGCUAAACUGAGAAAUGGUACUUUGGAAGUACCCACUUCAGCACCCGUCAGUCAACCUCAAUCAGCAAGCACAGGUUCAACUCAGUAUCAAGAUGAUGUCAGUGAUGCUUCAAAGAGAAGUUUCCGCGAAAGAAGCGAAGAAAACGACAGCAGUACAUCCAAGAAUCAUAACGACUCUUACCCACAGUCACACGAUAAUUCUUCAUUCGAAAACACUCGAGCUAAGAAUUGGAAAAAUGCUGAAAAUGAAGACAAACGCUACAACAGUCGUGAACCAAAGUCAACGAGUCGUGAUUGGUCAGGCCAUUGUGAUAGAAGCAAUAGAGAUUAUUCACGAAACGACCGACCUGCUCCACGCUAUGACAGAAACGAUAUCAACGAUAGGUUUGAUAAUGACAACAACAUGAAUGGCCGUCGAGAUCGUAGUAGUGGACGUGGACGUAUAAGCUCGGGUAGUCGAGACAGAUUCGAUCGUAAUAAUACAGGAGACACCUCAUGGAGUGAUAAAGAUUCAAAUGCAUCGUCACGAGGGAGUGGUAGACGUGGCAGACGACCAGAUAGAGGUGGACCACGUGGAGGGUCAUUCCAGAGCAGAGGUCCAGGGAGAGGCAGCAGCAUCAACGGCGGAAUAACUGGAGCUCGUCGAGACAGACCACGAAGUACUAGCAACGACAACGAGAAUGAUUUCGAAAGAAAUCUCAAAUCCAAUAAUCGAUCUAAUGAUUUUAAUAAUUACACUUCAUCUGACAAUGCACGAUUCAAGCAAAAUAAUCAAAGAUACAAUGAUCAGCGCAAUGACCGAAAUAAAAAGAGUGAAAUUGAUGUUUGGGAUCCGGUAACUACAGUUGCUAGUACUGAGGAGUGUUCACCAGCUGGCUAUUCCUCGUCAUUAUUAUCAUCAUCACUGGCAUCAUCAUCAAUAGUUCAAAUUACCCCACCUAAUAUUACUCUUGGUGCUAUAAAACAUUGUGAAAUUGUAUUUAUAACUAGUCCUACAGAUUUUCACGUGCAACUAAGCCCUGAUAAUUCAGAAUUAGAUCCUGUUAUGAAUAAAAUCGCACAAAUUUAUGAGACUGGGGGUAAUAAUUUGUCUGAGGCGAAUGCCAAAGUUGGUACGAGUUGUGUUGCUCAGUACUCAGAAGAUUUAAAAUGGUAUCGUGCUGUAAUUCAAUCAAUUGAACCAUUUGGAGUUACCGUAAGAUUCGUAGACUACGGAAAUGUUGAAUCUGUGACCUUUGAUAAGAUGAAAGAACUUGAUGUUGAACUUGCUAAAUUACCAGUUCAAGCUAUCAACUGUAAGCUGCUCGCUGCAUCAAAAACUGUAUGGGACACCAACGAAAUUAACGAAUUUACUUCACUUGUAGAGUUGAAGUCACUUGAAGCUGAAUUUGUUGCUGAAGAAAAUAAUGUUUAUGAAGUUCUUGUCCGUGAAGUUGUGGAUAAUGAAACUUUUGGGCCGUAUUUAAAUGAGCGAUUUUCCAAUGGUGCUGAUUUAAUGCAAGCCAAAGAAGUUGCUAAAAAUAAAAAUCGAUCUAGUCGCGAUGGAAAAUUGAUUACUCACGCAGCAACAGAUAACUAUGCACCGUUAGAACAAACAUGGAUUGAACCUCGUAUAAACUUACCGAUGGAAGAAGGUGUUAUUGUCACAUGGCUAAUUGACCCAGAUAAUUUUUACUGUCAACUUCUUGGUAAGUCAAAAGAUUUCCGAUCAAUGAUGAAUGAAAUGCAAAAGAUCUACUCUAAACGACAGCCUGCUCGAGAUAAGAUUGCCGUUGGUUCGACGGUCAUAGCUGUUUUCGCUGAUGAUGGGGCAUUUUAUCGAGCUGAAGUUCUUCAAACUAUGUCUGAUACUUUUGUUGUUCGCUACGUUGACUUUGGAAAUACAGCUACAGUAAAAUCAUCCGAGAUCUAUCGUGUCGAUAAAAAAUUAAUGGAUUUACCGAAGCAAGCUGUGUGCUGUAGCUUGAAAAACGUUAUGCCUCCAGGAGGUAGCUGGUCAAAAUCAAUCCAUGAUGACAUCGAUCGUCUCUUUAAUGUUGAAAAUCUUCGAUGCAACUUUCUGCAAGAAAGCAAUAACAAGUACUUGGUUUCCUUGACACACGACGGUCAAGAUUUGGCUGAUAUCUUGGUGCAAAAAGGCUUGGCUGCUUCACCAAAUUCUCAUGAAGCAGAAGAGAAUGUCGAUAGCAAUCAUCAUUUGUCACAAAUAGACAUAAGCUAUUUACGUGGACAGAUCUUACGAGUUAAAAUAUCAAAAGUCGAAAGUGUAAACAAGUUUUACAUACAAUUACCAUCUGCAGCAGCUAGUGAAAAAAUAAUUGAUAAUUAUAUGGCUAAUCAAGAUCAAAAGGUGAUGCCAAAACUGUUAUCAAAUGAGGUGUGCCUUGGAGCGGGUUGUCUUGUUCAUACAGAGAAAGGAUGGAGACGAGCUGUUGUCGUAAAUUUUAUUACACAAACAACAAAUUAUGACGUGAGGUUCAUUGAUACUGGAGAAAUCGAUGUGGUCCCACUGGAUUGUAUGUUGGCGUUGUCAGGAGAACUUUCUAUCAUGCAAAAACAGGCUGUUGAAUGCAGUUUAGCUAAUGCUGUUUCAUCUUCAACUGACAAUACUUUCAGGAAUCUAGUUGAGAAUAAAGAAGUUAUUAUUCGUGUCAAUGAAGUUAAUUAUAACCGGCUUGUUGUGGAUGUAUUUGAUGAAAGUGGUAAGAAGAUAAAACUUCAAAAUGAAGCAGAUGAAAGUAUCAGUCCCAUAUGCCCUAUGCCAAUAUUUUUCCACCAACAUCAAGUUGCUGUUUCGCAUGUAAAUAACUUGAAAAGUAUUUGGUUGAAACGAGAUGCUGAUCAAGAUACUGACGCAGCUCUUCUCAAUGAUCUUUUUGAGUACUACUCUACGUCUGGACAACAAUUGGAUAUUGAAAUCAACAAGUUCUGUGCAGCUCAAUGUUCCGAUGGUAAUUGGUAUCGUGCAAAAAUCGUUACUAAAACGGGCUCGGGAGCAGUUGUGCUUUACAUCGACUACGGUAAUACUGAAGAAGUUUCUUUGGAUAAAUUAAAAGAAUUAGAACGAAAUUUCUUUAAGAAUUCUCAACUGGCAAUUGAAGUAAGACUGACCUUUAAUCUUGGAGGUGGAACAAAGGAGCAAGAAAUUCUGAGUACUUACGUAUUGAACCAAUCAUUCAACGCAACACUGCAAUUAAAUGCUAAUAAUGACUGGGUGGCGUCAUUAAAUUUGAAAUCAGGCCAGCCGCUGGAAGACCAAUUGCGUGAAUUAGGGCUCCUGGAAUAUGGUGAGAGUCAAGCAAUUGAAGUUACCAAAGAAGCAACGCUUCCAGUUAUUGAUGAACCCGAAGACUUAAUCAUUGGAGGUAAAUUUAAAGUUGUUGUUGCUCAUGUAGAAAACCCAACACAGUUUUGGAUUCAAAGACGAAAUGAUUUACCUGCUCUCGAACAACUCGAGACAAAAUUACAAGACGAUGCUUUGAAUUAUCUACCAAUUGAAGGUGUUCCUGAAGAAAAUCUUAUUUGUGUAGCUCUUGACACUGCAAACUCUCUGUGGAACAGAGCAGAGGUUAUAGUAGCUGACACAGAAAUGGUUACAGUUCGCUACAUCGACUACGGAAACACGGAUGUGUUACUUGACAUGAGCAAGAUUAAACAGCUUCCAGAUUCGAUGAAGUCAAUAAAAUGGUACGCUACAAAAUGCCGAUUGGAUCUAAUUCCAAUAGAUUGCGAAGAUUGGAAUGAAAAUGCUAUUAAUUAUUUUGCAGACAAAACUGUAGAAAAUGAGAACUUAACUGCCAUUGUUAUAGCUGAUGGUAGUUCAAAGCGUAUUGAUCUUAUUGACGAUAAUGGCAGUAUUACCAAAAUGCUAGUCAAUGAGAACUUAGCAAAACAGAUUCAAGCUCAUGAAGAUGUUAUCGAUGAAGUAGUUGAAAAUGUUCUCGACCCACGAUCAGCUUUUAUCUGCCAUAUUAAUUCUCCUGAUGAAUUUUGGGUGCAAGAAGAAAAAUCAGUAGCUGAUUUAGAGCACAUCGCAGACCGUUUUCUUGUUGCUGAUAUGUUUCCUAAAGUUACUCAAGUUGUACCAGGAGAACUCUGUGUUGCCAAAUUUCCUGACGACAAUUCAUGGUAUCGCGCACGAAUUAUUUCACAUGGUUCAUCGGGAACAAAUGUCUUUUACAUUGAUUAUGGAAAUUCCGCGGUAUCGACUGAAAUUCGAGUGAUUCCAGAUGACGUAAAAAAUAUACCACCAUUAUCACGUAAAUCUCGUUUACCAUUACCACCAGGUAUCGAGAAAUGGUCUGAAGCAGCACGUGAGGAGUUCAUUAAGAUGGCUGAUGAUGGAGCAACAAUAUUUUUCCUGGAUGUUAUUGAAGAAGGAGAAACUUCUACAGUCAAGCUUACUCUUAAUGGUGAAAAUAUUGUUAACUCACUAGAAAAAUUUUGUGAAAAAAAAAUUGCAAUAGAAAGUUCAGCCGAAGUUAAUCCUGAAACUGACAAUUCUAUUAAUAAAGUGUUUGUCAGUCACGUCAAUUCACCAUAUGACUUCUACGUUCAAGAGCAAAAACACACAUCGGAUUUAGAUAUAAUGACUGAACGAUUGACAACUGCUGACACGUUUUUGCCACUUGAUGAAAUUAAAGAAGAACUUUUGUGUGUCGCUCAGUUUCCCGAAGAUUCUGCAUGGUAUCGAGCACGAGUAUUGUCACAUGGGAAUGAAGGCACACAAGUUAUCUACAUUGAUUAUGGAAAUACGGCAGUAACUACAGAGCUUCGCAAAAUUCCAAAUGAUUUAGAAACACUACCACCUUUAUCGCGGCAUUGUCGUCUAGCUUCACCUGCAAAUGUUGAGUGGUCUUGUGAAGCUUAUCAAGAGUUUAUUAAACUUGUUGAUGAUGGUAACAGUGAGUUCAUAAUGAUGAUAAAAGAUGAAACUGAUGAAAUAUCGACAGUUCAGCUUAUUUUUAAUGGCGAAGAUGUUACUGAAAAAUUAAAUCAGUAUUGUAAGAAACCAGUACCUGUAAUUGAAGAAAGACUGCCUCCACUAGGUGAAGAAACUUCUCUAAAUGUCAUGAUAAGUCAUGUCAUUUCGCCAUCCGAAUUUUGGAUUCAAGCUGAAAAUAAAAUUUCAGAACUUGAAUUGAUGGCCGAAAGCCUAAAUGAUGCUGAGAAUUUCUCACCUUUAGAAGCGCCUAUCGACGGAGUCAUUUGUGUUGCUAAAUUUCCAGAAGAUAGUUUGUGGUACCGCGCUAAAAUUCUAACUUAUAAUGAAGCUAUUAAUGAUAUAGAAGUAUCUUUUAUUGAUUACGGUAAUUCGUCUUUAACAAGUGAGAUUCGUCAACUUCCAGAGGAUUUGGCUAAAAUUCCUCCUUUGUCGAAAUUUUGUUCAUUGAAGAUGCCAGACGAUAUUGAAUGUUGGUCUCUAGAAGCUUGCGAAAAGUUCAUUGAACUCAUAUCAGAUGGACAGACGAUGUUCGAGUACAAAGAACUCUACGGAAACGGUCCAAGCUACGUUGAUCUCAUAUACAACGGACAAGACGUUGUAGAAAUACUUGCUUCAUUGUAUUCAAAAAAGAUUAGUUCAACUACGGCUGUUGAUCAGAAAGUAAUUUCUGAAAAUAUUGAGUAUAAAAUCGAACAACAUUCAAUAUGUGAAAAUAUUAAAGUGGAAAAAGAAUUAAACUCACACACGUAUGAAAAAGAUUGUGAAAGUAAUUUUUCAAGUAGUACGUCUGGUGUUGAUGUGUUAACGAAUUCAGAUAAUUCACACGAUAGCAAUCCGUUUGAAAAAGUUGAAACUUCAGAAAUUGUUAAUAGUACAUUAAAGCAAUCUGAUGCAACUGUUGAUGAUUCAUCAGCCGUUGGCGAUACUUUGAUCAUCGAUUCUAAUUGGACAGCUACUGAAAACAUCGAUAAAGCUUCAGUUAGUGUUGAUGAAACUCUCCCUGAACAACAGACUGUAAUCGAAUUAACACCUAAUCUUUCAUCAGAUAUAAGUUCAGAGAAAAUGAACAUAAAACUAUCAAUUUCUGAAAUCGAAACAUUACCUGUUGAACAAGCUGAAUUGACUACUGCUGAGUCAAUUACUACUGAGUUAUCGAGCACUCAGAUUAAGACCUCUACUUUUGAUGUCACUCUGAAAGAGAGUUCAAAUAUUAAUACUAAAUAUGAAGUUACUAUGGUUGAUACUACUGUAGAGACAUUUGUUGAAAAAGAAAAAACAGUCAGUUCUGAAAUAAAAAUACCGGCAAACGAUGUAUCAAUUGUAGAACCAGAACUAAAAACUACCCCAGCUGAUAUAAAUGUUGAUGACGUAAUUGAAAUCGAAGACUCGAUAAUUAUUGAAGAAAAAUUAACUCCGGUUGAAUUAAUUGUAGAUGAAGAACAGAAUAUAAUUACUAUAGAAGAUGAAAUAUCUCCCCGUGAUAUCGUAGUUGAGGAGCAAGAUUCUGUUAUCAUUAUUGAAGACGAAAUCAGUCAUGCAGAAUUAUUAAAUGAACCAAUUGUCACAGAGAAAAAAAAGACAGUAACUGUAUCUGAUGGUUUGGUUGUUGACGAAAAUGAGAUGAGUGCUCAACAAGAAAUCAUAACUCCGGAUAGUUCAAUACCUCCGUCACCGAUUGGAGACAUGCCAAGGUAUGGACGACGUAAUUCAACGCCCCAUGAGGACAAAAUAGUUCCGGGUAGCAUCAAUAAAGGUAUUGAACUAAACACCGACGAAGAAACGAUUGAAGUCGAAACGAUUGAAAAAUCUUCGGUUUAA